AUGGAUUUUGCAAAUUUUGAAAAGUUAAAGUGUGUCAAGUUGGCUGAUUCGAGAUUAAGUGACAUUGUCAACUUUGCAUUCCCAGAUUCACUUGAUGUUUUGGAUUUGUCUAAAAGUUAUAUUACUUCUAUUGAAGGAGUCAAAUUUCCGAAAAUUUUAGUGAGUUUAAAUCCAAGUUCAAAUUUUCCUAGAAGCAUUGCUGGGGUACAAUUUCCCCCAACCCUAAGGAGACCCAACCUCAAUAUCAUUCUAAUAAAUGCUGGCGAUAUCCAGAAGUCUAAUCUUCACGAAAAUUUUCACAUUGAAACGUUGUACUUAGGAGGACAAGAUAAAAUUGACUUUUCUUGUUGCAUGUUACUCGAGAAUCUUCAUAGCUUAAGUUUGUGCCAUUGCAUUGCAUCAAAUAGCUAUCGUUUCGGACACAAAUUGAAAAGUUUACAAAUAGAGUAUUGUGACUAUACAAAUGGAAUGAGCAUCGGUGAAUGUUUUAAUUUGAAAUAUUUGUACAUUUAG